AUGAGUGUAAAAGUAUUAGUAUGUGGUGAUAUUGGAGGCAACUUUAAAACUAUCUUUGAUAGAGUUGAUAAAGUGAAUCAAUCAAAGGCAGGUCCAUUUGAUAUACUAUUAUGUGUUGGUUCAUUCUUUGAAAGGUUUCAACAACAAACUCAAGGUCAUGGUCAUCAUCAUCAUCAUCAACAACAACAACAUCAACAACAAGAGGAAAUUGAUAUUAAAGAUUUUUUAAAGGAUAGAAAACUAAGUUUACCAACAUACUUUAUCAUAAACUCUAUGAAUGAAAUCAAAUAUUUAGAGAAAUAUGGUGUUUCGGUAGAGGAUGGUGGUCAGAUAUGUGAUAAUCUAUUCUAUCUUGGUAGAAGAGGUAUUUUGGAAUACAAGGGUGCCACCAUUGCCUAUCUAUCGGGACAUGCAACAUUCCCAGUAAAAGAUUCAUACGAUGAGAAUCAACCUCUGGCAAUUACCAAACAAGAUAUUAGUACUUUGAUACAAGAUAAAUCAAAAUUCAAAUCAAUCGAUAUUCUAUUAUCAAAUCAAUGGCCAAGAGGUAUUUUAAAUGGUGUAACAGAUCCAAUUGUAAAUUCAAUGAAAAAUCCAUAUCAAAAAGGAUAUGAUAGUAUAAAAGAGAUUGUAGUUGGUUUGGCACCAGCUUAUCAUUUUUCAAAGGAUUUACAUUAUUUCCAAAGAUUACCAUACAAAAAUACAAAUAGUGGUGAAUCGUCGUCGUCAUUGACAAGAUUCUUGUCAUUGUCAUCGGUCUACAAUGACAAGAAUGAAAAGUAUUUGUUUGCAAUGAAUUAUCAACCAUCAAAAGAAACAAAUGUCCAAGAUGCUACAGAAUUUCCAUUUACAACUACAACAACAAUUAAAAGACAAAAAACCGAUGGUGAUGAAUCAAGACAAAGAUAUGGUGAUAAUAAUAAUAAUAGUGGUGAAUCUUAUCAAAAGGGUAAAAACAAAAGAUCUCAUAAUCAUCUAAACGAAACAAAAGAAUGUUGGUUUUGUUUAUCAUCAAAAAAUCUUGAAAGUCAUUUAAUUGUAAAUAUUGGAUCAGAAUGUUAUUUGGCAAUGCCAAAAGGAGGAAUAGUCAAUGAUCAUACAUUGAUCAUUUAUAUCGAACACAAACCAUCAUUUGUAUCACUGUCUGACGACGAAAGAAAGGAUGCAUACAAGUAUCUCGAUGCAUUGCGAAAGUAUUACAAACAAAACGGCGAUACUGUACCAAUAGUGUUUGAAAGAAAUGUAAAGGUACAGGUAAACGAUAAAGAUUUUACACACGGACAUUUGCAAGUGGUUCCUGUACCAAGCAAACUAUCACAACAAGACAUUAUAGAUGGAUUCCAAAAACUUGCUACCGAAAAGGGAUUCACCUUUGAACACGCUAAAAACCAACAAGAAUUUCUCACUGCAGUUCAAAAUGACCAAGACUACUUUAUGGUCAUCUUACCAGACAAUUCAAUCAUUUAUCUAGUAUUGGAUCAAAAAUUAUUGGCUGCUAAAAAAUUGGCUCAAGAGGAAAAAGAAAAAGAGAUAAAGGAAGGAGAAGGAGAAGAGGAAGAAGGAGAUAAAGAUACAAAAACUAAACAACAACAAGAUAAAGUAAUGCCAAUAUUUGAGAUGCAAUUUGGUAGACAUGCAAUUGUCGAUUUGUUAGAGAUACCAGAACGUUUAAAUUGGAAGAAAUGUAUAUUGGACCAAGAACAAGAAACAAAACAAACUGAACAAUUUCGUGAAGCUUUUCAACCGUUCUAUGAUGAAGGUGGUGAUAAUGAUAACGAUAAUGGUACCACUGCAACCAAUGAAUAA